GGCCUCUGAAGCAAAGAAUAUGGGUAAAAUGCAUUGAAGCAUGUUUACUCAAACAAAAAAGAAGGGAACCAAUAAGGGAGGGAAUAAAGAAAAAAGCCUAAAGGGUAAAUUAUUAUAUGUGCCUGAAGCAAAGCAAAGAAUUUAUGAGAUGUUGAUAUACAUAAGACGCAAAGGAUAGCAAAAUUUAGGGAGGAUGGAAUUAGCGGGAAAAAGAGAAAAAUCUAAACUGAAAAGAACUAAGGAGAGGGAUUAGGGAGAAAGAGAGAUUGUCAGAUUGAAGAAGCACAAGAAAGCUGAACCAAAGAUACUAUUAUAUUGUACCUUAGAUUUUCCAGGCAUGCAUGUAGAGGAGAAAGAAGAUAUAGCCAUGUAGGGCAACAAGCUAAGAACAAAAGCAUGGCUAAUCCAAUUCCUUUACCUGAUUUCUUGCAACAACGUGCCUUCGACUUCGCAGUUGAGAAACUCACAAAUUUGUGGAAGAAGCAUGUAAGGAAUCGGGUGGACUACGCAUUGAACUGCCAUAAGAAAGUUAAGAAGUUAGGAAAAGCUGUGGAGGAGCUCAAGGAGGAUGGAAAAAAGGUCCAUGAUAAAGCCGAGGAGGACGAAGGGCUUUAUGGGAGAGAAGUAUAUCAUGUUAAAGCAUGGCUGCGUCAAGUAGAUGAAAUAAUCUCUGAAUAUGGCAAGUUGAAAGAUGAACACAGUAAACACGUUGUCAUAAAUCUGAAGAAAAGGUAUCUCUGUAGCAAGAGGGCAGAAGAAAUCAAAGAGUUAGUCAUGGAGCUACAAAAAGAAAAGCUGGAUAAUAUAUCUUACUGGCAGCAGCAGCAGCAGCAACAACAACAACAAUGGCCAUCCUCUGGAUUCAUGGGUGUUACAUUUUCUGAUUCUCAUUAUAUGGAAUUUAAGUCGAGAAGGACUACAAUGAAAAGGAUUAUGGCAUCGCUAGAAGACUCGAAUUCAAGAUUGGUUGGUGUUUAUGGACCAGCUGGUAUUGGGAAGACCACUUUGGUGAUAAAGGCUGCCAAACAAGCUCAGGAAAUUGACAAGUUGUUCGAUAUGGUGAUCAUGGUGAACGUGACAAAACGUCCUGAUACAAAGAAGAUUCAAGGCCAAAUUGCUGAAAUGCUAGGAAUGAAAUUGGAAGAUGAAAGUGAGGAAGCAAGAGCAACUAGCAUACAAGAGAGGCUGAAGAAUGAGAAGGAUAACAUCCUUAUAAUCCUGGAUGAUCUGUAUGCCAAACUGGAUCUGAAUGCUUUGGGAAUCCCACUACAAACAAAAGAAGAAUCUUCUGCCAUUGUGGUUCAUAGCCAAAAUCCUGAAUUGGAGGAUAAUAAGCGACCUGGGAAAUCUGCUACUGAUGAUGAUAAGAAUAAGAUGAAAGCAAAAACCUCCUUCGUCUAUGGCUCUAGCAAGUUAAAAGAGCACAACAGGGGGUACAAGGUUAUAUUGAUUUCUGAGAUGAGACAGGUAUUAACUGAAAUGGAUGUGAAAGCAGCCUCUAUUUUUGCUAUAAAUGUCUUAAAUGUCAUGGAGGCAGAGAAAUUGUUCAAGAGCAUGGUUGGAGUAGGCGCCAAUGAUUCUGAACUUGAAACAUUGGCAACUGAUAUAGCCAAGAAGUGUAACGGUUUGCCUAUGUCAAUAGUUACAACUGCAAGGGCAUUGAAAAAUCAGCCGAACCCCUUGGUUUGGAAGGAUACCCUUGUAAAACUUGAAAAGCUUGCGGUGGAAAAUCCAAAUGCAGCACCUGAAUAUUCUACAAAGUUGAGUUACGGGCUUCUAGAAAAUGAGGAGCUCAAGCUUACCUUCUUGCUUUGUGCCCAUAUGGAUCAUGACGCAUUGGUUGCGGAUUUGGUGAGAUAUUGCAUCGGUUUGGGUUUUCUUCAAGGCGUCUACUCAGUGUGGGAAGCCAGAGACAGAGUACAAAUGCUACUUGCCAAGCUAAAAGACUCAGGUUUGUUGUCUGACAGUUAUUCAAGUCAUCAUUUCACAAUGCAAAAUCUUGUUCGCAAUGCAGCUUUGUCAAUAUCAUCUGAGGAGAGACAUGUGUUCACAAUGACUGAAGGAAAAUUCAAUGAAUGGCCUAGCAAGGAUGAACUUGAAAGCUGCACUAUUAUCUCGUUAAGACACUGCAAUUUCAUUAGGAGAUUUCCCAAGAGCAUAAAAUGUCCUAGACUUAGCGUAUUUCAUAUUGAAAAUAAUGGUCCAUGUUUAGAAAUACCAGAUAGUUUCUUUCAAGAAAUGGAAGAACUUAGGGUAUUGAUUUUGAUUGGUGUCAAUCUUUCAAAAUUGCCUUCAUCAAUUAAAAACCUCACAAAACUUAGGAUGCUUUGUUUGGAGCAAUGCAUUCUAGGUGAGCAAUUAGAGAUCAUAGGAGAGUUGGAAAACUUAAGAAUUCUCAGCUUUUCAGGAUCUGAUGUCAAAAGUUUGCCUCAUGAACUAAGCCAUUUAUCUAAUCUACAAAUCUUUGACAUAAGUAACUGUUACAAGCUUAGAGUGAUUCCACAUGAUGUAAUGUCAAAUUUAACUAGAUUAGAAGAGUUGUAUAUGAGAAACAUUCCCUUUCAAAGCGAGGUUGAUGAUGGCAAGCAGAGUGAAAAUGCUAGUCUAUCUGUGUUAGGAAAUCUGAACCAAUUAACAAAUCUAGACCUACAAAUUCCAAAUGCUUCUUCUUUGCCCAAUAAUUUCUUCUUUGACAAGCUGUAUAGCUACAAGAUUAUCAUUGGGUCUUCAAACAGAGGAUAUUCAGAUCCUGAUUUCCAGAUUCCAAAGAAGUAUGAAUUGUCCAGAUGCUUGGCAGUAUAUCAAGAGGAUGGCAGCUUUGACGUUCAUUCCCAUGAUGCAAUCAAAAUGCUGUUUGAAAGAGUGGAAAUUUUGUUGCUGGAAAAGUUCAACAGUGUCCAGGAUGUUUUUUAUGAACUGAAUUUGAAAGGAUUUCCAUCUCUUAAGCAUUUAUCCAUUGCAAGAAAUCAUAGUAUUCAAUGUCUCAUCAGUCCAAAGAAAAGGGGGUAUCCUGAGAGGAUUUUUCCUAAAUUGGAGUCUUUGCAUCUCUAUAAGCUCAAGAAAAUGGAUCAAAUAUGCUGCUGUCAAUCACUCUCAAAAGAUUCAUUUGCUGAGUUGAAAAUGAUUAAGAUCAGGCUCUGUGGUCGGAUGAAAAAUGUUUUCUUAUUUUCUAUGGUCCAAAAACUAGCUGCUCUUGAAACAAUUGAAAUUUCUGAAUGUUACUCUUUGGAGAAGAUUGUUGACAUGGAAACAAAUAAUGAAAAAGAGCCUCUUCCUAAGUUCUCUAAACUACGUUCUUUGACACUACAAUCUUUAUCCAAGUUUACUGGGUUCGACCCUGUUGCAUCAGACGGAGAUACCAGAUCACUGUUCCAUCACAAGAUUGAAGUUCCGAAGCUAGAGAGAAUGGAGUUGUCUGUGCUCCAAAUCAACCACAUAUGGAGUGACCAAACAUGGAAUAAUAAAAACCAAAGCAUUUCUCCCUUUCAAAAUUUAAUACACUUGGACGUGAAUGACUGUUGGAAUUUAGAAUGCUUAUGGUCAUUUUCUAUCGCCCGACCUUUGGAGAAUCUUCAAAGCCUUUCUGUCAGUGAAUGUAAGAUGAGAUACAUCUUUCCUCAAGUUCAAAGUGGAGAGACUAAAAUGAACAAUAAGGAUGCAAUUUUUCCAAAUUUGAAGACUGUCAAACUGAGUAACAUAAAGAGUUUGUGUAAAAUAUGGAAUUCUGAAGCUCAUGAAAAUUCUUUUGGCAAACUACACACUCUUAUCAUUGAGAAAUGUGAUGAAUUGGUCCAUGUGAUUCCUUAUAAUAUAGUUGGAAGAUUGUCGAAUUUAAGUUCCUUGAGGGUUACGAACUGCGAGUCAAUCAAAGUUAUAUUUGAAGAAGCUGAUGAUGAUAAUAGAAAACAAGAUAACAUCAAGUUGCAAGAUAUUCAUUUAGAAACACUCCCAAAACUGAAAAAUGUAUUCAAAUGGAAGAAAGAAGUAAAAUGGAGUGAUCUCAAAUUGCAAAAGAUAUGGGUGCAUGAUUGUGAAAGGUUGGAAAACAUAUUUUCAGUUUCUGUAGUCAAGACUACUGAAAUAAAUAUGGAAAGUCUUGAAAGCCUUGUGGUUUCAGAUUGCUCUCAACUCAGAGAAAUAGUGGACAACAAGGGAGCAGAUGUUGUCAUCGACAAAAGUGGUCCUGUUAAAUUCAACUUGCCUAAAUUGAGGAAAAUAGUAGGCAAGAAGGGACAAGAUGAUGUUAUCGACAAAAGUGGUCCUGUUAAAUUCAACUUGCCUAAAUUGACUAGUGUCAAGCUUUUGGAACUAUCAAAAUUCAAGAGUUUUUAUUCAUCGGGAGCUUAUGAAUUAAGUUGUCCAGCAUUGAAUGACCUAUCUAUUCAACGUUGUUACUUGUUGGAACCAUUUGAAGAAAUCCUAUUGCAUGCAAAAACAAAGAAUAUUCUUUUUCCAGAAAAUUCUAAAACUGGAGAAAUAAAAGUAAAGGAGGUAAUGAAUAACAAGUUAAAGUCCAUGCACAUUGAACCGCGACAUCUAGUCGGGUCAUCAAUGGACUAUGACUACAGAAGGGAUAGCUUAGAAGAGCUUCAGUUGUCUCGACUGAAUAAUACUGAUAUUAUAUAUUGUUUCCUUCAUUGCAACCCUAACCUCAAGAGCUUAUGCUUGAAUCAUUGUUAUUACUUUAGAGAAUUGAAGCCUGGUGGAACAAGAAGGCCCGCUAUUGGGGUUGUGCCAAAGUUGAAAAGCUUGACAUUAACAAACAUGUAUUAUCUUGAGAAGAUUUGCUUUGAACAAGAUGCAGUCCUUCAAAAGAUAGAGUCAUUGGUUAUAAACAAUUGUUUAAGUUUGUACACCAUAGCACCUUCGUCUGUGUCUCUCGCUCACUUGACAAUUCUAGAAGUGGUUGACUGUGGGCAAUUAAGAUAUGUGAUGUCACCAUCAACUGCCAAAAGCUUGGGUCAACUCAAAUCCAUGAAGGUAAUCAAUUGUGAAAUUCUAGAGGAAAUUGUUUCAGAGAAAACACAACAAGGACAGGAAGAAAAAGAAAAUGUAGUCACGGAGGUUCCCAUCAUUUUCAAACAAUUGACAACUCUUGAGCUUGUGUCAUUGGAGAGCUUUAAUAGUUUCUGCAGCUCCAAGAAUUGUGCCUUUAAAUUCCCUUCACUGGAGAAUUUUAUUGUGAGUGCAUGCCCCAGAAUGCGAGUUUUCUCUGCAAAUGAAGUGGACUGUGGGCCAAAUUUGCAAAAGAUAUAUUAUGUGCAUCACAAAAAGAAAAAGAGAUGGUGUUGGCACGAAGACAAUAUAAAAUCUACAAUAAAAUACAUAUAUGACAAUAAGAAAUUUUUUGAAGGCAUGAAUGAGUUGCAUUUGUAUUCUGAUAAAGUUUUUCUAAAAUCAAUCUGGCAAAGUAAAGAAGGUCCCCGAAAAGAUUGGUUUUCUGGUUUAAAAAAUCUGACGCUAUAUGACUGGGAUGCAUCGCAUGCAAUUCCGUCAAAUGUCCUCUGUUGUUUGAAGAGCUUACAAGAAAUUCGAGUGGAGCUCUGCCACAACAUAGAAAGCAUUUUUGAGAUGGAUGACACUAAGAGCUGGGAAUCAUCAUUCCAACUGAAGAAGCUAAGUUUAAAUUAUCUUACAAGUCUGAAGAGUGUGUGGCAACAUGACAAAGGAGAAAUCCUUCUAGGCUUUCAAAAUCUGCAGCAGGUCACUAUCAAUGGUUGUAGUAAACUGACAAGUGUAUUUCCUACUGUCUUGGCCAGAGAUCUUAAAAAGCUCGAGGAACUUGAUGUAAGCGAUUGCGCUCAGUUGCAAGAACUUGUUGGAAAAGAUCAAGAGGAAGCAGUGGAAGGAUCACAAAAGUUUGUGUUUCCUCGUUUAACCAAACUAAAACUAUCAGAGUUGCCACAGCUAAGAGACUUAAACUCUGGAAGAUUGACUCUGGAGUGCCCCGAGUUAAAGCAGCUGCACCUGUUUCCGAAGCAACAACAAAAAUAUCCGGAGGACGGUGUUUCCAAGGUGGAGAAGUUGUGGCUCAAUCCAAAUCACACUUGGGCGAAGCAGUUUAUGAAUAAAGGCGACUUUCAUCACUAUUUAAAUGAACUUUACCUUAGGUACUCUGGUUACAAUGAUGAUGGAGAGAACUCUACUUCACCAUUUGAGAUACUUGCUGACAAGAUGCUUCCCAAAUUAGAGAUUAUUGAUAUAUAUGGGAACAAACAUUGCAAAACCAUGAAUAUUCCCAAAGAAGCGGGUGAGAGGAUGCUUCACUUGAAAGAAUUGAAGUUGGACUCACUAAAUGAGCUGAACUCCAUUAGUGGGCUAGAGUACUUGUUAAAGCUGCGGUUAUUGAAGGUUUCUUUUUGUCGUAAAUUGACAACAGUAUUAGUACUACAAUCAUGUUCCAAUCUGAAAGAAUUGCAUAUAAAUGAUUGUGAUGGAUUGGAAUGUUUAUUGACAUCCUCAGCAGUAAAAAUGCUAAUACACCUUGAGGAGUUGAAAGUUGAAUACUGUAAGUCAUUGAAAGAAAUAGUGGGAAAAGAAGAAGAAAGUGGGACGGAAGACAUUAUUGAAUUUAAGCGCCUACACAGGAUAACUCUUGAAUCUCUGUAUAGCCUGGAAUGCUUUUAUUCAGGGAAUGCCACACUGAAUUUGCCUUCUUUAAUUCGAGUGGACAUACAAGACUGCCCCAAGAUGAAAAUUUUCUCUCAAACAGAAAUAAAUGUGAAACCACCAUUAUUUCAAGUAUUUUACUCCUAUUAUGAAGCUGAAAGAUUGUUCUUCGAUGAUCUAAACGUAGCUGCUGCAUACCAGUUUCUACAACAGGAACAUCUUGUUCUUGAAAAUCAUUGGGAGCUAAAAGAUUUAUGGCUUGAUAAAGUACAUAUCUUAGGAAAGAGCUAUUUCUCUGAUUUCAAAUUGGAAAGUCUGGUGGUGAAAGGGUGUGAUGAAUUUUUUACAACCGCAAUACUACCUUCUCAUUUACUUCCCUUCUUCAGUGGAUUACAAGAGUUGGAGGUGCAGGGAUACAAUUCUGUUGAGGCCAUAUUCGAAGUCAAAGAUACACCAACAGAUAUUGUUAUUCCUUUGAAAAAAUUGACCUUGGAGAAACUUCCAACUUUGAGCCAUGUUUGGAACAAGCAUCCUAAAAGAAAGCUAAGUUUUCCAAAAUUGGAGGAGGUUAUUGUUGAUGAAUGUGGAAGCUUAAAAUCCUUGUUCCCAGAAUCAGUUAACAUACAGAGGUUAGAAGUGAAGAAUUGUGAGAAGUUAGUUGAAAUUGUCUCCAGAGAUGAACUAGCCAAAGAAGAAGAAGCAAAUAAACAGGUUAAUAUCUUCUCCAAACUAUCUUGUCUGAAGCUGUGGAAUUUGCCAAAUCUGAGCUACAUUUAUCAUGGAAUGGAAGUCUCUGAAAUUUCAUUAUCAAAUGCAUUACUACCAUGGCAUAUGCUACAUUCCCUUCAUAAAUUGGAAGAGUUGGUGGUUGGGACUUGUGGUUCCUUUGAGACAAUAUUUGAUGUGAAAGAUGCUCCAACAAAUGAAGAAGAUACAAACAUGAUGACUGUUAUUCUUUUGAAGACAUUGACUUUGGAACAUCUGCCAACUCUAAGCCAUAUUUGGAACAAGGAUCCUAAAAGAAGUAGUCUCAACUUUCCAUGUUUGGAGGAAGUAGUUGUGAAUGGAUGUAAAAGCCUCACAAGCUUGUUGCCAGCAUCAUUGCCCAUGUCUAACAUAAAAAAGAUAGAUGUAAAAAACUGUGAGGAAUUGGUUGAAAUUGUAACAAAAGAUGAAGCAGACAAUGAAGAAAUAAAUAAGGAGUUUAUUAUGUUCCCUAAGCUAACCUCAUUGACUCUGCACAAUUUGCCAAAUCUUACAUACAUUUAUGCUGGAAUGCAAAUUCUAAAUCUGCCCAAGUUAAGAGAGUUGGAUAUUUCUCAGUGUAAAUUUGCAACAGAUUCCACUGCAGAGGUUUUUACCCCUCACUUAGAGCGACUAUCAAUAGACAUGGAAGGUGUGAUGAUGCUUGACAAAGGACUGCUUCAUUUGGACCCCAAAAACAUAAAAUAUCUAAGAUUGCAGGGCUUUAAUGACUCAGAUGCCGCAUCUGCUUUUAAUUUCUUCCCAAAGAAGGUGCCACUUCCCAAUAUUCAAAUGCUUGUGGUGGCCGACAGUUCUUUCAAAGAGAUAUUCCCCUUACAAAAGCCUGAGAUUAUUCAUUCACAGCUGCUUGUUCGAGCAUUGGAGUUGAGGAAUCUGCACAAGCUUGAAUCCAUUGGGUUACAGCACACUUGGGUGGCCCCCUCUAAUCUCACAUGGCUCAAAAUUGAGGGUUGUGCAUCUUUGAAGUAUUUGUUCACUUCUUCAGCCCCCAAAUGCCUUGUUCAACUUAAAGAGUUGCUCAUAUCCAACUGUGAAGCACUCGAAAGCUUAAUGGUGGAUUAUCAACCACAUGAUGAUGAUCAUGAUGUCAUCAUAUUCAAAAAGCUUGAGAGACUGUCUCUUAGCCAAAUACCAAAACUUGAGAGCUUUUACACUGGAAAGUCAACUUUGAAUUUCCCAUCUUUGAAGGAAGUCAAGGUCACCGAAUGCAACAGAUUGGAGUACAUGUUCACAUUCUCAACUGCCAAAAGCUUGAAAAAUUUGAAUGAGAUGAAGAUUUCCAAAUGUGAGUCAUUGGAAACAGUAGUUUUGACAACACAAGAGGCAAACCAACAACAUGAAGAUCUCACAUUCCCAGACCUCAAAUGUCUGACUCUUAGCGAAUUACCAAAAUUUGAAAGUUUUUUCACGAAAAACUCAUUAACUUUGAAUUUCCCGUCUCUAGAGAAAGUCGAGGUUACUGAAUGCAACAGAUUGGAGUAUAUAUUCACAUUCUCAACUGCCAAAAGCUUGCAUAAAUUGGGGAAUAUGGAGAUUUCCAAAUGUGAGUCAUUGGAAACAGUAGUAUUAGCAGAGGCAGACGAGCCACAUGAGCUCACAUUCUCAAACCUCUGGGAUCUGUCUCUAAGCGAAUCCCCAAAACUUGGAAGCUUUUUCACGGGAAAGUCAACUCUGAAAUUCCAAGCAUACUUGUACAUUGAGAUCAGUCAAUGCAAGAUCAUGAAAACUUUCUCACAUGGUGACGUGGAAGCACCUAAAUUAGAGAUGGUGAAGAUAGAUGGAGUUCGUUGCUCGAAAGAUAAUCUAAAUGCUGCAGUCAGUCAACAAUUUGAGAAACGAUCUACGCAGCAUUGAUGAGUUAAUUAGUACAACUAUAAUUUAACAUGUAAGAAAUUUGUUGCUUGCUAAGGGAAGCUUAUUUUCAAUGCAUUUGUUACCACUUACCAGUUAGCCUUGCUCAAGGAGCAAUGGACAAAUAAAUAAGGACGGUUGGUUUUACGGGACACCAAAUGCAGCAAUUAAGAGGAUAUAAGUGGAUCCCAUCAUGGCAACAAAUAUUCAUUUCUGUUUGAGUAUGGUGUGGUGUGCAUGACCUGAAUAAGUUCCCUGUAUCACUAUGCAGGAAGAAGUGUGUCAUUGCCUUUUAAGUGGUAUAGCUAUAAGCUCAGUGUGUUUUAUGAAUAAAAUUAUAUCUUGUAUUUUUAUACAAGAUGUAAGGUGUCUAGUUAAGUUAUUGAGAGCACUAGCGUAUUUUUAGAAUGAAAGUUUAUUGUAAUAAUUUUACAAUAUUGAAGGAGUGUGGUUUAUAUUGAAGUUAUAAGAGAAUGUUUUAAAAAUAGGAUUGACAAUGGUAUAUAG